UGUGUGCAGCUUUACUAGUCGGGAAGAGGGAAAGGAAAACAACUCGGCGCAAACUCAGUCGGAAUUUAGUCUUAAGAAUAAACAUUCAGUUUAAAACAGAUAUAAAGUUACAGUUUAUUACAAACAUCACUGUAAAUGACAUUUGCGCCAUGGUGAAAUUACGAGCUAGGUGUAUUCUUGUCGGAGAUGCAGCGGUAGGGAAGAGUGCCCUGUCUCAGAUGUUCUGCAGCGAUGGUUCUCACUUCCAGAAGAACUAUAGCAUGACUGCUGGUGUGGAGCUGCUGGUGAAGUCAGUGAACAUUCCGGAGACCUGCGACAGUGUGGAGCUGUAUAUCUUUGACUCUGCAGGACGGGAGACUUUCAUGGAGGCAUGUGAGAAAAUGUGGGGGCAGCCGUCAGUGGUGUGUGUGGUGUUUGAGAUCAGCAGCCUGGACUCGUUCAACAGUUGCAGCCGUUGGCUAGAGAGAGUCCGAGCUCACUGCAACGGACUGCAGUUACCAGGUGUGUUAGUGGGGAAUAAGUCGGACCUGGCAUCGAGGAGAGAGGUGGAGACAUCAGUGGCACAGGAGUGGGCACAGGAACAAGGUCUUCAGUACCACGAGACCUCCGCUAAGGAGAUGGAGAACUGUGAUGCCCCCUUUCUGAGUUUAGCCCAAGCCUUUUAUGCUCUGUAUCAGGACCAAAGGCAGAUGAUCCAGAGGCUCGGUUAGGACCCACAGUGACCGACAACCUCUGAUGAGACAUCUGUAACUUCCCUGAACAACAUACAGCCUGACGUUAUUGUUGGUUCUGCAGUCAUCGUGGAAAGUGAUUUGAACAUUUAUGAUUGAUUCGAUGGGUUCAGGAUUUUGGCAAGUCAUCAAGGCAUAUGAAUGCUUUCUUCCUUUUUUAUUACUUAUAUUGUGACAAUGUAUAGGCUCUAGGCUAUAUGUGUGUGCGUGUGUUGGCUCAUCUCCAUGUUGUGUUAUAGCGAGGUAGUGUACAGUAGCCAGGUGCCCUGCUGUGACUGAGAAGUAAGCCAGGGUGGCCCAAUGUAGCCUCACACACACACACACAGAAAUAGAAAAUAGAAGACUGACCACACACACUUAGUGUGAGUUUGGGAGCUCCCAAGCCCAGUAUUAGCAGGCAUAUCCCAUCUGUGAUCUGCCAGACAGACGCUGAGAUCUGAGAGUCCCACUACAGGGGGUGAGCCAGCCCAAGUGUGUGAGUGUGUGAAAAAAGAAAGAAAGACAGAAAUGUAGAGCAAGUUUUGGACACAAACCUAGAAAAUCUAGGCCAUUGUAGCUAGGGUUGUGUGCUAGUCACAGUUCAAAUCACUAAACUGCCAGAGAGGCUCUGGUGUGCUUUUGACCCUCGGCAGUGAAUGAACCCCUCUAGGGCUAGAGCAAUUUUCAACUGCUCAGCAUAUGCUGAAUUAUUCUUAGUACACCAGUGGUUUGUUUCUUUUUCAGGACAUUCCAGAUUGUUGUAUUGGCUAUGCUCAGUUCUUGUGCAAUGGCUCUGAUCAAUUUCCCCUUUUCUCAGCUUUAGAAUGGCUUGCUUUUCUCCCAUAGACAACUCUCUGGUCUUCAUGUUGGUUUAUCCUUUUUUAACAAGAAAAUGCAGGCUUCACAGGCGAAACGCAGGGCUCAAACCAAGAGUAGAUAUUCAGAGCUAUUAAUUGUUUAAAUAGUCAGUCUAACAGGGCACACCCAGGCAAUGAGAAACACCUGUCAGUCACAUGUUCCAGUAUUUUUGAUCACUUGAAAAGUCAUCUAGAUGUAAAUAUCAGGAAAUAAACACUGAAAUUCUGAUCUAUUGUCUCAUAUUCAUCUUUUGAUCUCAAACUCAAAUAUAUUUAGAGUAUAGUAAAAACAAAAGAAUUACCGUUCCAAUACUUCUGGAGGGGACUGUAUAUGCUUGGACCACCUGUACAGUCCUUGGGCUAGACUCUUAAUACUUAAUACCUGGAUUGGCACCUGCCUCUUAUAUUGGAUAAAAGUGCAUGAAUGAGUGUGUGUUAUCUUAGCUAAAUCUUUAGAGCUGCAUUUAGUUUCUUGUUUGAAGCCACCAGAAGGCUCUGAGUUCAAAUCCAUGUCUUCCAGAAAGCUGCAGUUUUAUGAUUGGGGCAGUGGCAGCAACAACUCAGUGAUACAUUUCAGUGUUAGUGACCAAAAGGUUGUUAGAAUCCUAGGAUUUCCAGAGACCCUCAAGGGCUCUUGAGUCAGACCUUAAUUCCUAACUGCUCAGCUAUGUUCUCAUAUUACUACCAUAAAAGUGUCUGCCAAAUAAAUUAAAGUGUGCCAUCUUGGCUAAAUCUGCCGAGCUGCCUACAGUUUCAUAUUCAAAGCCAAUAUUCAUAUGUUCACUAAAUUGACUCCAGGUUACACCUUGGGUUAUAGUCUUUACUUAUGCGGGAUGUAUUUUUAUUCAAGAUAUGACAGUAAUGAAUGUUUUCCUGACAUAAAUAUCCAAACCUGAGCCCUUCACUGGCAUGCAAAAUGACAGCAUUAUAGAAAUUGUAUAUGUCGUAACAAAUCAACCUGCGAGAUGACUCCUGACUUACGAGGUGGCUGAUUGCUGCAGUGCUAUCGCUUUCUCUUUCUUCAUCUUCUUUCUCUGUGCUAUAAGAGCAUGGACUGCAGCAAUGGUCUGCUAUUCCAAGAGCAUUAGUAUUCUGCACGCACACAUGGACGUACACACAAAUACACACGCACAUACACACAGGCGCGGCAAACUCAGUGGCCUUUCUGCGCUUUUGAUAAUAAUGGCCAACAGAGGGAGCAAGAGCUUACCUAUAACAUGACUGGCGAUAAACAGAGCAGGUUUUCCUUCAGCUCACCAGGAACAUUUAGUUCACACUGUGAGUCAAGCUCUCUCAUGGGAGUUCAGCUUUAUGUUUAUUUUAUUGUUGUUAAUUCAGAACCAGAUGAGAACAGUAUCUGAUGGUAUUGGCACCAUACUCACUGCAUAUCUUAAGGUUUUCCAUCAUGUAGGUCAUUUAGAAUGUCCAUUAGUAGUAAGUCAAGACCACUGGACUUGUGAUAUAAUUACAUCUUGUUCUGAACUGAAAGACCAUCUCAUAGUGGAAUGUAUUCAGGAUUAUAACACAAGUUUAAUCGCCUUUAAAAAUCAAUCUCAUCUUCCUUAAUUUUCCUCAACUGGCUUUUUAUUGAUGUUCAGUGGCUUUUAUUGUAUGAUUUUCAGUAUCUGAUACCACUUAGUAUUUUAUAAGAGGGCAAUAUUACAUUGACUGCCAUAACACUGCAGCAGCAGUUCACAGACUGAAUAAUUUAGUUAGAAAACUGACAGAAUAUAUAUUUUUAAAUGAACUGGUUAAAAGGAUCAUUCAUCCUUUGAAAUUUCACCAAAUCAAUUUCGCACUGGUAUGUUUGCUUUUCAGAAAAUAUUUCUGACUAUAUUUUAGUCACUCAAACCUUGUUAUGAAGACAAUAAACUUUCCUCUACUGAAUAAUAAAUUGCAUGAUUUAGUGGAUGUGGCAUGCUGGUGCCUCACAGCUUCCAGGUCCCUGGUUCAGUGUGGAGAUUUGCAUGUUCUCUCCGUAUCCAUGUGGGUUUCCUCUGGGUUCUCUGGUCUCCUCCCACAAACAUACUGGUAGGCGGAUAGGUGAUUAUAAAUUGCCCCUAGAUGUGAAUGAAUGUGUGUAUGGUGUGUAUGAUGGACUGGUGUCCCAUUCAGGGUGUAUUUCCGCCUCGUGCUCAGCGAUCCUGAGAUAGGCUUCGGAUAAAACGGCUAUUGAAGAUGAAUGAAUGAAAACAGAUUAGACAAAAGAAAAAGGCACAGAGGCAGCCAGAUUCUUCAUCAGUCCAGAUUCUAUGAGUAUGCAUUUUUUUUUUUUUUUUGCAUAUUGGAACAUGACAGGCUUUUAAUUUUAUGAUGCAAGAACACUUUCCUGUGACAAAAAAUACUACUCAGAUAUUUUUAGCUCCACUUUCCCUGAAAAGAUUUAAUCAUAACAACAUUUAAAAAAUUGUUUAGGGUGACAAUUCCUGGACUGCAAAGAUUUUUUUAUGA